AUGAGCUUUUCAACCAAUAAAGUUUCACCGCUUGAUGGGUUCCGAGGUGAAUCAGACAAAUCUACCGAGAGGAACACGAGGAUCUCGGAUAUUAUGUCCAUGAGAGACCGCAAUGGCAGUAUAGUUUCAUUCGAUUCCGUGAAAACUACUGAGAGGUUGUUGGACAAGCUCGAUUUGAGCGCUGAAGAUGAGAUGUUGUUACAGCAAGCCUUGAAGGAGGACGAAGCGAGAAGAAAACAGCCAGAGGCCUUUCAACAGAGACGUGUGGUGUGCAUGCCUGCAUCUGGAUUCCCUUCUUUACGCAAACCCGGUAGCUCUAGUGGCAAUUCAAACCUUGAAAACUGCGAGCCCUUAAUGAACAUCAUAAAUGAACUCUCUGAGAAAGACAGGAUCAAGCUCUCCAAGAGAGGAGACGUUAAACUUUUCUUACCCAAAUCCAGGUUCUCUUACCUGGUAGAGGAAGAGAGUGAUGGGGAGAGUAACCCAUUCCAUGAAGACAACCUAUGCUUCAAUGGACGCGCUAUUAAUAUAGAGAAGUUCCGUCUUGAAACCUAUGCUGAAGAUCCUAAGAUGGGAUCCAGCAGCCUAGAAACGGAGGAGCGUCUUCCAUUCGACAUAGUCCCUGAAAGGCCAACUCUCAAACUCCAUUCAAAAAGCUCAGUGCAGACUCCGGUAGGAAGCCUGUCCUCCAUCGAAACCAGAUACCUCAUUAAACCAAGUACUCAAUCCUCAACAGAGAGUGAAACAUCAAGGUCUGUGGAUGGAAGGAACAAGAUCAGCGAGAGCCCUCCUUCCUGGAAGUUUUCAACUCCGAGAAAAUCAACGUCAUCAACAACUGUAAACAAAGUCUCGCUCUCCCCCACGAAGACUCCUAAAAGUAGUCAUGGAAAAGGUCAUAAGAAAAAGCCCUCUUUUUCUUUCAAGAAUCUAUUUAAAUCUCCAAGGGUUGACAAUGAAAGCUCGCCCGCCAAGCCUGCCCGACAACAAUAUGACGCUACUCCUCCUACAAAUAGGCUUGAGUUUUCAACUUUGCAUUUAGAAGAAGGAGCUCCCCAAAGCUUCUACACAAACGCCCCUGCUUCUGCGUCGACAGACAGCCCGCGCAGCUUAGCGAGUUCUCGUCGGUUCCUCCCUCAUCAUAGCAGAGCUGCAUCUGACACCAAAAUACGCUACGCAUCAGCUAGCCAAAGGUCUGGUUCAAAAGACGCGUCGCUCUCAAAAGAAUUCAAACCAAAGCACAUUUUGCAUCCUAUAAAAACAACAACGCCCGAAUUACCACUUGUGCGGGAUGGCAGGCCACUUAGCCCUGAUUCUAGAAUCAGGGUGGCCAUCGAUCUCAGGAAUAGAGGGUUCCUUAAGGAAUCCGCAGAGCACCUGAAGGUUUUAUGUGAAGCUUCCAAUCCCACGGGAUACCUACUGUUUGGUCUAGCUUUAAGAUACGGUUCUGGCAUCGAGAAAAACUAUGUAGAGUCUUUCAGUUACCUCAAGAAAGCCGCUGGUAUCAAAGACGAGGACUCUGAAGUGCUUAAUGUCGAUAUGGACCCAUUCAGGCUGAAAGAUGUACCGCAUGUCUCACCCGAACCGCUGGCGCCUGCUCUGCACGAAUGCGGCAUAUCCUACCUGAAAGGAUACGGUAUAGGAGUGAUAGAUGAGUUGAAAGCCAUCAAAUAUUUGGAGCUUGCUGCUUCUAAAGGUCACGUAGAUUCCAUGUGCCUCAGUGGAACAAUAUGGUCUAAGAGUUCGAAAAUUCGGAAAAAAAAUAAGGCUAGAGCAGCUGCCUGGUUCCGACUUGCCGAUAGAAGGGGCGCCGAUCUCAUAGGCGCUGAUUGGAUUUACAAAGACAAAUAUCAAAACGCGUCAGUAUAUAGUCUGUAA